GUCAGGGCGGCGGACCGCGUCGCCGUGGAGGCGGAGGCGCUGCUGCGCUGGGAGCGCGCAGGCUUCGCGCGGUGCCCCAGCCUGCUCUCGGAGCGCGAGGCGCAGAUGCUCAGACGGGAGCUGGAGUGCGUAAUGCGCACGGAGGCGCAGGAGCUGGCCGCCCUGAGGCACCAGGUGCGCGUCCAGCUCGGCGCACCAGCCGCCCGGCGGUGCCGGACCAGGGCGGACUGCCGGGCUUUGCUGCGGGACGCGGAGGAGUGCGGCGAGGUGAGUUUCCUUCAGUACUUCAACCUGCACCGCGCCAGCGCUCCCCUGCGCGCAGCGGCGCUGUCGGCCCGCAUGUCCUUCUGGGCCUCGAAGCUGCUGGGCGUGCCGCAGAGCCAGCCCAAGGGAGCGGGUCGAGCGUCGGAGCUCGAGAGAGCCGGGGGGUCAGUGCAGACGGGGGCCAGCCAGAGUGCCGGAUCUCGCGGGAUCCUGGAGGGCAAGGGCUGCACAUAG